AUGUGCGCAUUCUAUUUGGGCUCUGAACAUAAUCCGAAUCGAUACACUGGGAAUAUAGACGUUGCUAUAGUCGAUUUCGAUGGUGAUCAAGCAGGUAGUUUCUUUCUUGAUGCUUUUCGAUCUACACCACCUGGAAAUCUGACUCUUCAUUGGCGAUUUAAGUAUCCGGAUGACUUUGGUAAUAACGUGAAUGAGACUCGACAAGCUGUUGAUGAUGGACAAGUGUGGGCCAUUGUAGUGCUUCGACCAAAUAUCACGGCUACUAUUAAUAAAUCUUUACUUGCUCUGAUCAAUUCUACAACAUUGGUGACUUAUCCAUUUUUUAACACACUUCCUGUGCUUGUUAUCUAUGACGAGGGGCGAAACGCAUUUACCCAAAACAUUUUUGUAUUACCACCAAUUCAUGCAGCCAUUGUGACAGCCAACAAUCGGUAUAGUAAAACACUUCGUACAACAAUUAUUUCUAAUUUAUACUCCACAUCUUUUUUAAAUAAUAAUCGAACAUUGCAAUUACAGAAUACGCUACGUCUUCAACGUCUCAUUACCAAUCCGUUUGCUGUAGAAUAUAAUAAUCUUCACCGCGCUCUUCCUUACGUAGGUAUGUUAAAUCUAAUAUUAUUUAAAUUAAAACUUGCUCUCUAA